CUUCCAACUUGACUGUUGACUGACGCCAUUGACUCGUCUUUGUCGUUCGAAGCGUUAACGGUUUUCGUGAAAAGAAAAAGAAUUCAAUAAUAUUUUAGUUUAUCGUGUCAUGUGAUUCACACUGUCAUCCUCAUUCUACACUAUGAGAAUGUGUUUGCAUAGUCGGAUUACGAAAGGCAGUGCUUAAAUGAGAAUUUAUUCCUGUGAAACUUUUGACAACCAAAACAUACCUUGGCGCCAAUUCACUACUAGUUUUGGCGGGCAAUUUUUUCUUACCUGUUGUUGAUUAUACCCGAAGUGUUUAUCUGUAUGAGCUUCUUCAUCUCAUUUUUUUGCUACAAGAUACUUCACAAGGCUGUGUUAGCCAAUAUAUUUCAAGAUGUUUUAUGCCCAUUUUGUUCUUGCUAAGAAGGGCCCACUUGCCCGUAUUUGGUUGGCGGCCCAUUGGGAUAAGAAACUAACUAAAGCUCAUGUAUUCGAAACAAAUAUUCAGAAGUCUGUGGAAGAUAUUUUGCAUCCUAAGGUGAAAAUUGCUUUAAGAACAUCUGGUCAUCUGCUUCUUGGUGUGGUCAGAAUAUACUCUCGCAAGGCCAAGUAUCUGCUAGCUGAUUGCAAUGAAGCUUUUGUGAAGAUUAAAAUGGCUUUCAGACCUGGUAUGGUGGAUUUGCCUGAAGAAAAUAGAGAAGCAGCUGUCCAAGCAAUUACUUUGCCUGAAGUUUUUCAUGAUUUUGAUGCAAAUGUUCCAGACUUGAAUGAUGCUGAAAUGCAAGCACAGUUUACCCUUAAUCAGUCACGAGCUGAAGAAAUAACAAUGCGCGAGGACUACGGGUGUCAGUUACCACCGUUGAAUCAUGACGAAGAAGGCUUUGGUGAUCUUGGAUUCGGCGAUUCGGGACCCUUAGAAAUGAUUCGUGAUGGGUCGUCAAUUGACCACUCACUAGAACCUGGAAGCUUUUUCAGUGAAGUUCGUGAUCGCAAUGAAUCUCGCCGGAAUCGUCCGUCUACGUCCAAUCGCCAACGAUCCGAAACGGACACACCCCUAAGAGACGAUGGUUUUGGCGGAAAUCUUGGACAUGAUGAAAUUGGUGGAGGUCUUUUUGAAGGUGGUGGUCUGUUUGAUGAUGCCCCAAUCGGCGACGUACCAUCAUUGAACGAACCGUCUGACCUCGAUAUUAAAGUAGGAACGAAAAGUCGAGAAAAUCUGGAAAGUGUCAAUGGGCCCCAUCAAGAUUCUGACGAUGACGGAAUUGAUGCUUACGGAGGACCACCAUCCGUAGGGGGAAGUAGUUCAUCAUCACGACCCGCCAGUCCGUUUGGUGGUCCCGUAUCUACCAGUAUGAGUCACCCUCCGGUGUCACCCAGAUCUCCCACACGUGCUUCUGGUGAAAUUAAUAACCUUGACCAAGGUACUGCCAGCAUUCCGGAAGGCGAUGAUCAAGUACCAGGAGUUAAUGCCGACCAAACUACACUUCUCCAUAACGAAGAAGAAGGCUUUGCUCUCGCCCCUGUCGAUACGACUACAGUCAAGGGAUGGGCUCGUCACAAACGCAAAAGGAAACUCAUCGUUGACGAAGUUAAAAACAUAUCAGGAGAAGAAAUGAAAUCACAACUCUCAGAUACAUCCGACAUUGUGACUACCCUGGAUUUGGCCCCACCUACGAGAAGACUUAUGCACUGGAAAGAAACCGGAGGAGUAGAAAAACUUUUUGCACUUCCCGGAAGGUCAAUACCAGCCCGCUCAUUGUUUAGGGAUUACCAAAGGCACCUCACUAGCCAGCCAACAGAAAAUGAUGAUUUCGGCCUAACGCCUGAGGUGGAAAAGGAAAAUGUUCCGUUGGAAACAGUGCGCUCCACAGAGGUUGUCGAAUCGUUUCGUCAAGACUUUCCAGAAGCGCCUACACCUCAACCUGUAAAACGCACAGUAGGACGUAAGCGAAAAGCUCCCGUUGACUUAGAGGCUGAGGCCGAGGAACAUCAGAAACGAAGAGAAGUUCAAUAUCAGAGCUUACUGGCACCAUCAACACAGUCAUCUCCUGUUCCCACUGCCGUUCCGCCACCAGAAAUGGGAGAUCAUUCAUUUCCGCAAUUUUCACUUCCCGCUUUACCUGAUGUUCAGCCUACAGAGCCAUUGCAUACUCCCAUCCAACCGGAACCAGUGGAAUCUUCAUUCGCAGAGGCCUCAAGAGCAUUAUCCGAAAUGGAAAACAUGGGAUACGACCAGAAUAUGGGAAAUCUCGGCUUAGAUGUUACUGAAUCUUUUACCAAUUUGCCUCCACAAACGCCUGGAGCAAUUUCAGAGCGUGCACCCCCCACGCCUUGGCAUGACGAUUACGAAAUGGCACCAUCAGUUGGUCCCUUAGAUGAGCAGUUGGCAGAUGAAACCUAUGAGCAGUUUGAAGAGCGCGUUGUUAAUAAGCGAGCUGCGGCAAUGUAUCACCUUGUGCGUGCGAAAAUGCAGCUAAAUGACACGAUACCUUUCACGGAAAUGGCUUUCCGGAACAACAAGAAACAAGUUGCACAGAAGUUUUACUCUCUACUGGUCCUGAAGAAAAACCAGGUUCUUGAGUUAUCACAACCCAAGUCCUACGCUGAAAUCAUGGUUACACAGGGGCCUAAAUUUGAUUCGCCGUCCUUGUGAUGAAGAUCGUUCAAACUAAACUGCGUUAAAGGUGUUCGAAAGAUUAUGUCGAAAACGUGCCGUGUCCUCAUGUUUCUUUUUUCCAAUGUUUUGAUCAAGAAUAGCUAUUGUGCGUUUUAAAUUCUCUGCCGUGUGGAAUAAUGACGCGUGAAUAAUUGUAAUACAAAAUCGUGGUUUCGAA